UCUUGGAGCUAACUGGAGCCCAUAUGGCAAGCUGCGAAGGCAAGUAGAGAUUCUUGGAGCGACGGGAUUCUUCCAAAGUGGACCGCAACAUGCAUUGCUUUCCCCACGGUUUCCAGCUCUGAAGACGCCUUGUCAGUGCGUUAUGUGCAUACACCGUUCAGCCACGAUGUCAGCCAAGGGACAGGAGUGCUACACGUACGAUUUCUGUGACACCGCCCACCCCACGGCAGUCAUGGACGCCUUCAGGGAGUUCUACACGAGCGGUCUGUUCACAGACAUUACACUGCAGUGUGCGACGGGAGAGGUCUUUCGCUGCCAUAAGGCAGUCUUGUCCGCCCGCAGCUCCUAUUUCAGAGUGAUGUUCACGGCAGACAUGAGGGAGCGAUCCGACGACCUCGUCAAGCUGCCCGGGAUUGACCGCGAUGUCUUGACGGCCCUGGUGGACUACGCGUACACGGCCAGGGCGAGCGUCACCCAGGGCAACGUACAGAGCCUGCUGGAGGCGGCGGACCUGCUGCAGUUCGGUUCGGUGAAGCAGGCCUGUGAGGACUUCCUGCUCCGCCUGCUGGAUGUGGAGAACUGCCUGGGGAUGCACUCGUUCGCGGAGCUCCAUGUCUGCCCCGCCCUGGAGCGGGAGGCCCGUCGCGUGAUGCUGGGCCGGUUCGAGGAGCUGGUGAGGCAGGAGGAGUUCCUGGAGGCGGACGCCGAGACGCUGAGCUCCCUCCUGUCCGCCGACAACCUCAACGUCCGCAAGCAGGAGGUGCUGCUGGAGGCGGUGGCCGGGUGGGUCGCCCACGACGCACCCGCCCGUGUCGACGCGGCCCCGGCCCUGCUUCGCUGCGUCAGGCUGGAGCUGAACGAGGCCUGCUUCCGGAAUGUUCCGGAGCUUCAGAGGCUCUGCCUACAGGGCAGCGUGAGCAAGGCGCGGUCUUUGAUCAUCCACGAUCUGACGCCCACCUGCGGGGAGAUGUCAGCGAGCCCCAAAAAGCCGACCUCCUGCAUGUAUAUCAUCGGAGGGUACUACUGGCACCCGCUGUCCGAGGUCCACAUAUGGGAUCCGGUUACCAACACGUGGGUGAAUGGAAAGGACAUGCCCGACCACAGCAGGGAGAGCUACAGCAUCACUCUGCUGGAGCCCAGUGUUUAUGUGACAGGAGGCUACAGGACAGACACCACCGAGGCCCUGAACACAGUGUGGAUUUACAACACUGACAGCGAUGACUGGACAGAGGGAUGCCCCAUGCUCAAUGCCAGAUACUACCACUGUUCCGUAGCCCUGCACGGCUGUAUAUACGCCAUAGGUGGCUACAGGGGUGGAGCUCCAACAUGUGAAACAGAAUUCUACGACCCCCUAAAAAGGAAAUGGGUUCCUGUGGCCAAUAUGAUCCAAGGUGUGGGGAAUGCCACUGCUUGUGUCUUGAAUGACACCAUCCAUGUGACAGGUGGUCACUAUGGGUACAGAGGAAGUUGCACCUAUGACAAAAUUCAGACCUACAGGGCAGACCUCAACGAGUGGAGCAUAGCUACAAUAAGUCCCCAUCCAGAGUACGGCCUCUGCUCGGUGGCCCUGAACAACAAGCUGUACCUGGUGGGGGGGCAGACCACCAUCACUGACUGCUACGACCCAGAGAGGGGCGAGUGGAGGCAGAGGUGCGUGAUGAAGGAGAGGAGGAUGGAGUGCGGGGCCACGGUCAUGGGCGGCUGCAUCUAUGUGACGGGCGGGUACUCCUACUCCAAAGGGACUUACCUGCAGAGCAUCGAGAAGUACGACCCCGAGCUGGACACCUGGGAGCUGGUGGGCAGCCUGCCCAGUGCCACGCGUUCACACGGCUGUGUGUGCGUGUACAGUGUGUAA